AUGGUUUCGUCUAUUGUCGCUGCAGUGACAACGGCGAUACAGUCGACCAACGCGGCUCAGAAUUCUUCCCGUUCCAUCAAUCUGGUCACCGACGCAGUGCAACGCGAUGUGCAGUCCCUCACCAAUACUCCAGUUGGGGCCGUUGAGUCGUCAGGUAGCGAGAUAUUACCCAGUGCGCCUUUAUUUUCUAGUAUAGGUGUACCCUUAGGUAGCCGCUUGAGUGCACGCCUAAAGAAUAAGAUCUGGGCGGAGGAAUUCGUCAACUUUGGCUCUCUUCUAGAUAUGUCCCCUAAUCCGGAUAAGUUCGCAUUAUCUAUCACCGCUCCCACCGCCGGAAUUGGGUCUAAAACCCCUAAUUUUACAUUCGAACCGGUACACAAUGCGAAGAAAUUGACGUCUAUUCACGAGUGGGUGUCGGCCUUCCACUCUUUUGUUGCAGUCUACUGCGAAAAAUUCCCCAGAGAGACGCCAAAUUUGAUGCAAUUUUGCGAAACAGUGCGCGACAUCGCCACACGUGGGGGACUGGAACUAUUACGAUGA